AUGAUUAAUGGGUCGUUGCAUGGAUAUUUUGAGGCUAAACGAGGGCUGCGACAAGGGGAUCUGAUGUCACCUCUUCUUUUUGUGCUGGGAAUGGAAUACCUUACAAGAAUAAUGCAAAAAGUGGGACAGAAAUCUGACUUUGCUUAUCAUAACAGAUGCAAGGAGCUGAAAUUAAAUCAUCUAAUGUUUGCUGAUGAUAUACUUCUGUUCUGCAAUGGAGAUUAUAAGAGUAUAUGUUAUCUUCUACAGGGACUCAAAUUAUUUUCGCAAACAUCAGGUCUACAGCCUAAUGCUUCGAAAUCUGCAAUAUUUAGCUGUGGGAUGAGCUCAAAUGAGGUGCAGAGCAUAUUGGAAGUAUCUGGUUUUAGGAAGAGUGAGGUACCGUUCAAUUAUUUAGGCGUACCCAUCUGUCCUAAACGCAUCUGUGCAAAGGAAUGUAGCUUGCUAGUGGAUAAAAUGACUGUUAGAAUCAGGUCUUGGAGCACAAGGAAUAUUUCUUUUGCAGGGAGGGCAGUCUUGAUUAACUCUGUUCUUCUCUCAAUUCAGUCCUACUGGUGUCAAAUCAUGUUGCUGCCUAGGAGGGUGAUUAAAGAGAUUGAAGCUAUUUGCCGAGCAUACUUGUGGACAGGUAAACAAGUGAUGGUUGGAGCAGGGAAAAUAGCUUGGGAUAGCGUGUGCAAACCUAAAGUAGCAGGAGGUAUCAGUAUUAAAAAAAUCUCUGAAUGGAACAAAGCUGCUAUGUUUAAAUAUGUUUGGGCAGUGGCAGCCAAAGAAGACAAUUUGUGGGUUAGAUGGGUGCAUAGCGUGUACAUAAAAGGUAGAGUGUGGUGGGAUUACAUCGCACCAGCUAAUAGCAACUGGUAUUGGAGGAAGGUUAUAGCAGUAAAAGAACAGAUGAAGCCUCUUGUUGAUACCGGUGUUAAUAACAGGAAAUAUAAGAUAGCAGAGGGUUACAGCCUUCUUAAUCCAGUUCAUGACAAGGUUAAUUGGAGCAUGGAGGUUUGGGGGAGAUUGAAUACCCCAAAGCACAGUUUCAUGUUAUGGUUAGCUAUCCAAGACAGAUUGAAGACUAAAGCUAGAUUACAUAGUUUCAAUAUUCUUUCGGAAGCUAAAUGUCAGUUUUGCAAAAUAACAGAUGAAACAACUUCUCAUCUCUUCUUUGACUGCCCAUAUUCUAGUGAAUGCCUUCAACAGGUUAAGAAAUGGGUCUGCUGGAACAUAACUGGGAGGCAACUAACUGGUCUGGUGAGGGCGAUUGGCAGAAUGAAAGUAACAAGGUUUAGGAAAAUGGUCCUUUCAGCAAUCAUGGCUGCACUAGUGUACCACUUAUGGAGGGCAAGAAAUGAAAGUAUUUGGUUAUCUUCCCUUGAUAAUCCAACAAGUAUUGUACAGAAGACUAAAGUAGCUAGUAAGACUAGAAUACAAAGUGUAUGGCCAAAGAAAGUAUCUGCCAAAGAUCUUGAAUGGUAUAGUGUUUUAUAA